AUGUCGCAGCCGACCGCCGCGCAGCUGGACGAGGUCCGCGCUGCCGUCAAGAAACUCCUUCAUCAGCCCGACUACGACGACGGCUCGGCCGGUCCCGUUCUCGUCCGUCUCGCCUGGCACAGCGCCGGCACCUACGACGUCGAGACCAAGACCGGCGGUUCCAACGGCGCCGGUAUGCGCUGGGAGGCCGAGGGCGGCGACCCGGCCAACGCCGGCCUCCAGCAUGCCCGGGCCUUCCUCGAGCCCAUCAAGCGCCAGUUCCCCUUCAUCACUUAUGCCGACCUCUGGACACUCGCUUCUGUCGUCGCCAUUCAAGAAAUGGGCGGCCCCGUCGUCCCCUGGAAGGGUGGCCGCACCGACUUUGUCGACGACUCCAAGCUCCCACCCCGUGGCCGCUUGCCCGACGCUGCUCAAGGCGCUGACCACCUUCGUUGGAUCUUCUACCGCAUGGGCUUCAACGACCAGGAAAUCGUCGCCCUGUCCGGCGCCCACAACCUCGGCCGGUGCCACGGCGACCGCUCCGGCUUUGAGGGCAAAUGGGUCAACAACCCGACCCGCUUCUCCAACCAGUACUUCAAGCUGCUCAAGGCGCACGACUGGAAGAAGAAGACCCUUGCCAGCGGCAUCGAGCAGUUCAGCUACAUCGACAAAGAGGCCGUAGCCGCCGGCGAGCCUGUGGAGGAGGUCGAGCUCAUGAUGUUGCCCACCGACAUGGCCCUGCUGGCCGAUCCCAAGUUCAAGACGUGGGUCGACAAGUACGCCGACGACAAGGACCUCUUCUUCGAGCACUUUGCCGCCGUCUUUGCCAAGCUCCUCGAGCUCGGUCUCGAGCGCGACCCGGCCACGGGCAAGAUCAUCAACGACGACAACCUCAAGGAGGGCUACCGCAGCGCGCCCAAGAAGGCCGACACUGCGCAGGCUCCCAGCAAGGACCAGGGCAAGGGCCAGGUCGGCCAUGAGGCCAAGCCCCUCAAGGAGCAGAACGAGAAGGCUCAGCGGAGGAAGGAGGGUGCCAAGCUGUAA